AUGUCUAUUUAUUCCGAUGGGAUAUUUUUCAGAAAAUUCUGUUCAUCAUCAUCAUCAUCAUCAUCAUCAUCAUCAUCAUCAUCAUCAUCAUCAUCAUCAUCAUCAUCAUCAUCAUCAUCAUCAUCAUCAUCAUCAUCAUCAUCAUCAUCAUCAUCAUCAUCAUCAUCAUCAUCAUCAUCAUCAUCAUCAUCAUCAUCAUCAUCAUCAUCAUCAUCAUCAUCAUCAUCAUCAUCAUCAUCAUCAUCAUCAUCAUCAUCAUCAUCAUCAUCAUCAUCAUCAUCAUCAUCAUCAUCAUCAUCAUCAUCAUCAUCAUCAUCAUCAUCAUCAUCAUCAUCAUCAUCAUCAUCAUCAUCAUCAUCAUCAUCAUCAUCAUCAUCAUCAUCAUCAUCAUCAUCAUCAUCAUCAUCAUCAUCAUCAUCAUCAUCAUCAUCAUCAUCAUCAUCAUCAUCAUCAUCAUCAUCAUCAUCAUCAUCAUCAUCAUCAUCAUCAUCAUCAUCAUCAUCAUCAUCAUCAUCAUCAUCAUCAUCAUCAUCUCAUCAUCAUCAUCAUCAUCAUCAUCAUCAUCAUCAUCAUCAUCAUCAUCAUCAUCAUCAUCAUCAUCAUCAUCAUCAUCAUCAUCAUCAUCAUCAUCAUCAUCAUCAUCAUCAUCAUCAUCAUCAUCAUCAUCAUCAUCAUCAUCAUCAUCAUCAUCAUCAUCAUCAUCAUCAUCAUCAUCAUCAUCAUCAUCAUCAUCAUCAUCAUCAUCAUCAUCAUCAUCAUCAUCAUCAUCAUCAUCAUCAUCAUCAUCAUCAUCAUCAUCAUCAUCAUCAUCAUCAUCAUCAUCAUCAUCAUCAUCAUCAUCAUCAUCAUCAUCAUCAUCAUCAUCAUCAUCAUCAUCAUCAUCAUCAUCAUCAUCAUCAUCAUCAUCAUCAUCAUCAUCAUCAUCAUCAUCAUCAUCAUCAUCAUCAUCAUCAUCAUCAUCAUCAUCAUCAUCAUCAUCAUCAUCAUCAUCAUCAUCAUCAUCAUCAUCAUCAUCAUCAUCAUCAUCAUCAUCAUCAUCAUCAUCAUCAUCAUCAUCAUCAUCAUCAUCAUCAUCAUCAUCAUCAUCAUCAUCAUCAUCAUCAUCAUCAUCAUCAUCAUCAUCAUCAUCAUCAUCAUCAUCCAAUGUUGUGCACGCAUACUUUUGAUAAAUCUUUGAUUGAAACUAAAUCUUUAUUUAAUAAGAUCUGUGAUAAACUUAAAUAA